AUGUCUUCUGUCGCUCAUGUUAGUACUCACGCUCCUGUUAUAGACGACAAACUGCUGGUCCUGGAAGAUGACAGGCCCGCAAGCGUCGCCGAUGGUAUCUCGGCCGCGUGGAUUGAUCCCAAGAAAGAGCGGAGGAUGAUGUGGAAGUUCGACCUGUUCGCAGUCGGUCUGUUUGGCUUGUUCUACAUGAUGGCCAACCUCGAUCGGAGCAACUGGGGCAAUGCACAGAUAGCGGGCAUGCCAGAAGACAUCGGUCUCGUUGGCAACCAAUUCGGGACGGCUACCACAUUGUUGUACGCGACAUAUGUUCCAUUCGAGGCGCCUGCAGCUUUGCUCGUCAAGAAAUUCAGUCCAAAGUACUUGAUGGCCUGUUGCGCGUUGUGUUGGGGAGUCACUACCUUGGGCAUGGGUUUCAUCCAGAGUUGGAAAGGGAUGUAUGCCUGUCGACUUCUCAUCGGUUUCUUCGAGAGCGGGCUCAUCCCUUCGAUCAACGUCUACCUCGGGAUGGUGUACAAGAAAUUCGAAAGGGGCAAGCGAUCGGCGGUCAUUUUUGCGUUCAGUGCCUUCUCGAGUGCCUUUGGAGGUGUUCUGGCCUUUGGUCUGACUCAGAUACAUGGUCCGAAUGGCUUCGAAGGGUGGCGCUGGCUGUUCGUUGUCGAAGGAGCGUAG